GCCUCCUCCUGGCCGCGUACGCUGAGACAUACAGUUUUCAUCUAGGGAGAGGAGCGGCGCACACGAGCUCUUGCUCUGUCUCGCUCUCUUCGCUCUCGCUUGUCCUGAGAAAUUACAAUAUUCAUCACGGGGCGAGCAAGCCUCUCUAUUCUCUCUGUUACACUGUCGUGAAGAAGCGCUAUUCCCUCUCAUCUUCAGAGUUCCCAGGGUUCUCGAGCUGUGUCCAGCUGACAGGCUUUCAAAGAUGGCACAAUAACAGUUCCAGUGAUGCCUGAUCAUGACAGCACAGCCCUCUUAAACAGACAAACCAAGAGAAGAAGAGUUGACAUAGGAGUGAAGAGGACUGUUGGGCCAGCAUCAGUGGUUUUUACCCGAGAAAAAUCAAGCUUUUUUAGUGCCAUGAAUCCCCACGGUUCCGAGCAUGAUGUCGAGUGUUCAGUGGUGCAACACGCAGACAGCGAGAAGUCCAACGUACUCCGCAAACUACUGAAGAGGGCGAACUCUUAUGAAGACUCUAUGAUGCCCUUUCCAGGGGCGACCAUUAUCUCUCAGCUUCUGAAAAAUAAUUUGACCAAAAACGGUGGCAGUGAGCCUAAUUUCCAGGGGAGUGGCCUGUCGAGCACCGGUUCAGAGAUCCAGCAGGAAGAUGCUUGCAGCAACUCCUCGCGGGGUAGCCCCCAGGAGUGCCUUUCGCCGUUCAACAGGCCCUCCAUGACCCAAUUUGAAAUGGAGAGGCUAACAGAUGAGCAUCUCAGGGCCAAACGAGCCCGGGUGGAGAACAUCAUCCGCGGGAUGAGCCACUCUCCCAGCGUCACGCUUCGUGCGGGCGAUAACGAGCGAGAGGGGAUGGCCCAGCCCCCCAGUCCUCGUGAGAACUAUCGGGAGAACAAGCGCAAACAGAAGCUGCCACAGCAGCAGCAACAGAGUUUCCAGCAGCUGGUGUCUGCCCGCAAAGAGCUGAAACACGAGGAACGCCGACAACUGAAACUCCAACUCGAAGACAUGCAGAAACAGCUACGGCAACUGCAGGAGAAAUUCUAUCAGAUUUACGACAGCACCGACUCGGAGAACGACGAAGAUGGGAACGUCUCCGAAGACAGCAUGCGUUCUGACGGAAUGGACAAUCGAGCCCACGACUCCGUACCAGAUCGCUCCGACAACGAGAUGUCUGACAUCGAUCCUGGGCACUUCUUGGAUCGAGCACGAGCGCUUAUUCGCGAGCAGUCCAUAAUGACGGAGAGGGACAAACCCAAGCGCGACGGGUCGCGUGGAAAGAGCCAAGGACCAACCUCCAUGCACGCAGAGGGUAAACAGUUAGCCGAGACGCUCAAGCAAGAGCUCAACACGGCAAUGUCCCAGGUGGUGGACACAGUGGUAAAGGUCUUUGCUAAGCCCCCACGCCCAGUUCCUCAGGUUUUCCCACCCCUGCAGAUGCCCCCCGACCGUUUCGCAGUCAAUGGAGAAAACCCAAACUUCCAUACUGCCAACCAGCGCUUGCAAUGCUUCGGAGAUGUCAUCAUUCCUAAUCCACUGGACACUUUUGCUAGUAUGCAGAUGCCUAAUUCAAAUGACCAAACUGAGGCCCUGCCUUUAGUGGUGAGAAAGAGCUCCUCAGAUCAGACUGGGUCUAUGCCCACACCUGGGGGUCACCAUCAUCCCUCACUGCACCCCUCUCCUUUAUCUUCCACAAUGGGCUUUAGUCCUCCCUCCUUCCGCCAUCCUUUUCCCCUUCCUCUAAUGGGCUACCCAUUCCAGAGCCCCUUAGGUCCCCCAACAGGGCAUUACCCAGGAAAGGACAGGUCUUCUCCUGAAUCUCUGGAUCUGUCCAGAGAGUCCACAAGCCUACGGACCAAGAUGACGUCCAACCACCUCAGCCACCAUCGUUCCAUCUCACCAACGCACCCGGGAAAUGAAAGCCUGUCUUUGUCCCUCAUUAAGUCAGAGUGUGGAGACCUUCAGGACAUGUCUGAUAUCUCUCCGUAUUCAGGAAGUACAAUCCAAGAAGGUCUUUCUCCAAACCAUCUGAAGAAGGCCAAACUGAUGUUCUUCUACACACGCUACCCCAGCUCCAACAUGCUGAAGAUGUUCUUCUCAGACGUGAAGUUCAACCGCUGCAUCACAUCCCAGCUGAUCAAGUGGUUCAGCAACUUCCGUGAGUUCUACUACAUCCAGAUGGAGAAGUUCGCCCGCCAGUCCAUCAACGACGGCGUUACCGGUCCUGAAGAGCUGAGCGUCAGCCGAGACAGCGAGCUUUUCCGCGCUCUCAACAUGCACUACAACAAGGCCAACGAUUUUGAGGUUCCGGAGCGAUUCCUGGAAGUGGCACAGAUCACGUUACGGGAGUUUUUCAAUGCCAUUGUGGCAGGCAAAGAUGUUGAUCCUUCCUGGAAGAAGGCCAUAUACAAGGUCAUCUGCAAGCUGGACAGCGAGGUCCCGGAGAUUUUCAAAUCUCCCAAUUGUCUGCAGGAGCUUCUGCAUGAGUAGUGAUUUCAAUUGCUUACCAACUCUCCUCCCUUCUUUUCCUGAAUCUUUAUGAAGUAAGAGGUAGCAUUCCUAUUUUUAAACCAACCCGAGCUACUUUCGAAAUGACUUAGAUGUUAAUUUUUUCCUGUGCUUCUUUUUUUGGGAAAGUCUAUGAAAUCGAUCGUUUCGACUGUAUUCAAUCCCCAAUUUAUUGCCUUUGAAACGGGCAUUACUAUGUUUACCACACGGUGGUUAACAAAUGGAACUGACACACCCUGAAUUUCUUUCUUUUAUUGGUCGCUUUGUUUUACCCCAGGAUGUUUGCAAUGUGUGAUGGUUUUACUAUUGCUGAAUAAGACUUGCAUUUGUAGCUUGUAUAGAUGUAAUUAUUAUUUAUGAUUAAUAUAAUUAUUACCAUUAAUGUUAUUAAUGCUUGCUGCAAAAAAAACGAAGGAAAAACAAAAAACUGACAUGUGGUAUUCUUGUUUCUCAUGGCAAUGCUACAUAAAAUAAAUUAUUCUUUGGACAAAAAAAUGAUGAUGAUGAUGAUAAUAAUAAAGAGGGGUAUACAUUUUCUAUGUGGGAAAUUCAUAUAUAUAUUAUAAAUAUAUUAUAUUUGAUGUUAUUCUUGAAAGGAGAACAGCAUUAACUGUUUUGUUAGAUUUUUUUUUUUUGGUUUAGCCAUUCUUCUGUGUUGGCUAGGGUCCAAUGUUCCUGUGUUUUGUGUCCACAUUGAUAGCACUGGCUCUAGGGAGGGAGGCCUAGUCGUAGGUUUUUUCCUUGAUGGAGCAGCCUCUCCUGUAACUAAGCAACAUGGCCAUUUCAUACUGGGGCAAGCCAGUGCGGCACAAAAAGAUGGACGCCUUCCCACUGAGAAACCAUUAUUGCUCAUAAAAAGCACACUGUCAAAAUCGCCAGCAUAAACACAAAUACCAAAAUCAAGCAUACACUGCAAUUCACAAACAUUCGCUCGCUCAACACGUGCGUCAAGAUGAGAGUUUUGUUGUCGAUCUUGUCCACCUGCUAGCCGGGAACACCUCUGUAAUUGGACCGUAAAUGAUCGUACACCAAUACAGAUUUUGCAUAAUUUGAGCACAAAUUGAAAACUUUUACGUUACGGGAUUGUACAUAGUUUAUUUGUUAGAAAUGUACAGAUUUGCUUAACAUUCACAAUCAUUCAAUUAAGCUAUGGCAGUGUACAGUUUAUCAGUAGUACAAGUUCUUUCACUGAAGUUGUCUUUUAUUAAUAUGAAGAAUUUCAUUUUAGGGAGCUACGUAAUCCAACAUACCCCAAAAACAAUUAGCCUACCGUAAAAAAGAAUGAAUUUUUGUUUCAGUUUAAAAAAAGUACAAAUUUUGAGUUAAUUCAACUUAAAGUUGAAAUUUAACUUUUUUAAGUUAAAACAAUCAUGUCAUCCUUUCCUAAUUCAUAAAUGAGCUGUAGAGGGCAAGAGUCGGACAUGUGAUCUGCUCUGGAAGGCCGUGCCGUUUGAGUCGGGCAAAUCCAGCUGAUGAAUUGAAACGCAGGCCGGCAAUUAUUGUCAGCACAAUGCCUUAAAAAACCUGCUGACUUCUAGAUUAAUAGGCACAAAAGAGCAUGAGGUGCUGUCAUACUGUCGCCAGGGCUGGCAUCAUCCACAGCCCCCGGACUAACAAAAACGCCAAGCUUUUCACUAUGCAUUGUAAAGAGGAGGAAAACAAAUCCAAAACAAAGUUAGAAGUCGAUCAAAGGAAAUGUUUGGCACUGUUUUGUCUCUUGCGAGGCUGUGUUGACAUACGUGAUCUUUACAUGCAUUGUGAUAUGAAUAAACAGUUUGUUUAAAGUUUAAAGAAGUUUUGUGUUUGUGGUGGUGUGAAAGGCACUGUUUCAAUUAUUUGAAGUGCAACAUUUCUAAGCAACACAAUGCAGGUCGUAAUGAGAUAUUGAAACGUACACACUUUUAUGAAUCUGAUCAACACCAGCUAAUGUUUUUUCAAUCAAUUUAUGAACAAGAAUAUAAUUUAAUACCAAUAUGGAUGGACCAACGGUGCAUUAUAAAGUGUAAAAUUGAGCACAAAUUAAAAAUAGGGUUAUAUAUAAAAAAAAUUUGCCCUUUACUGCAGUUUAUUUGGAUGUUGAAUACUUUAAGACUUUAUGCGUAGCACUGAGGCGGUAGGUGUGUGAAAGUUUUGCAUGUGAGUGUGUGAAUACACGAAUGGUAGGAGUUUUAGUUCCCACAAGAGAUCAGUUUUCUUCCUAUAAUUUAUUGUUUCUCUUUAUUGUUUGGUUUUAUUUGUAUUUAUCACUGUAAUACAUUGCUAAGGGAAACGAGAGGCAUUCAACAUCUCAACUCUUUAUCCUGCACUGCUGUUGUACGAUAUGUGGUGAAGUUUGGUUUCCUGUCAGUCAAAUUUUGCUCCCCUUCAUCUCAACACUAGUUUAGGUUGCCGUCAGUACAUUAAUCUGGUAAUAAGAUGAGUUUGUUGUUAUACAAAGUCAUUUUCUGUGUCGCUUUAAGUUGUUUAAGUGUAUUUCGCACUCCUUUAGGGUCAACAGGCUACUUUUACGAAAGACUGAAUAAUCUCAAAUCUGAUCGGGUUUAGGUACAGUACAAAAACAGUACCGUGCAAAAGCCUUAGGCCACGGCCACCACCACCACCACCAGACUUCUUGUUUUAGAAGUUUUAUUGUCCAUCCAUAUUUAUUUUAUUUUUCAGUCUAUUUUAUUAAGAUACAAACAGGAAAUAUGUAAAAAAAAAAAAAUUACAUUUUCAGAAUUAAAUGUUUGGUGUGACCUCUCUUGGCACUAAACACAUCUUGAGUGUUUUUAAGCAGAAUGAAGUAAAAAGACAAAUUUCUUUAAAAUUAAAAAAUUAAGAUUUAAUUUUAUUUAGGUUUAAGAGAUCCUGCAGUUUCCUGCUAUUGCUCAAGUGGAAGGGGAGUUUACCCUAAAAACGUGAAAUUUUUAUACAGUUUUUAAUACUAUAUACACAUUUCCUGUAUUUUCUGGUUGUAAUCUAUUAAAUAGACUGAGAAAGAAUUAUAUAUGAUCACUAUAACAUUGCAAAAACAACGAAUCUGAUUGUGGCAUGCCUGGUGACCUAAGACUUUUGAGCAGUACUGUACAUUUCACUACUUGGCAUUUACAUUUUACAUACUAUGAGCAUUAUUUCUUUUUUUUUAUCUGUUUUAUCUGUAAAAAUCCGAAUCAAUUGCCAAACAGUGGUUUGGGACUGUUUUUUUUUAAUACACAGAAAGAAAAGUCACAAAGAGAAAGAAACUUUGUAUAUGACUACCUGUAUAUUUCCUGGGAGGGGAACGAUUAUUUGUACCGAAUGCAAUGUGUUGUACAAGAAUCUUGACACUUUGUAGAUUUAACGCUGUAUUUAUGAAGUAUGUGCUCCCUGUAGGGUUUUAAACAUGGUUUCACUGGCUUAAACGUGUAUGUAAAUAUACAAACAGAAAAUGAGAAAACACUGCCUUUCUAUGAUUUAGCAAUAUGAUGUAAAUAUAUAGCAUUGUUAUGCUUUUUUUGUAUGAAAGAACAUGGGAAUUGCAGCUGAAACUGUUACAGGUUUUAUUUCACACAUUUUGAAGGAUACUCAUGAUGAAUUAUUUGAUCUGUGCACAUGCAUAGCAUUGUGGAUUUUGUUGUCGAUUUGUCAUGCAGAAUUUUCAUAAUUUAUUGGUUUAAUUUAUCAUAAUUUAUUCGGUGAUGGUGUACAAUUUGGGUAUUUCUGGGGAUGUACUGUAAUAUUAUUUGGUAGAAUGACACGUUAUAACACUCUCCUUAGAGACAUAAAGAGACACUUGUGUCCAGGUAGCCAUUUUCAUUUCAGACACUGUUGAUGAUGAAAAAAAAUAUGUACAAGAAAACUUCUCAUCUAUCUUGUUUGGAAGGUGUGUUUUUUUUUUUUGGAGUUUUUCUUUCUAAUCACUUAAUCUGACUUUUACCUUUUGCUUUUUACCACCUACACAGUACAGUAGUCAAAGUGCCUCGUGUGCCUUCCAUCUCCUCAGAAACUGAAUGUAUGUGCAGUAUAUAUGCAAGCUUGUGCAAAAUAAAAACUAAGUCCUAGAUCA